CUUAUUAAAGACAUUAACCUUUAGCCAGGCUAUUUUCACCUGUCUAUGUCCGCCAUUCGUAUUUUGUUUUGUCCGCCACACGAGAAUAGACAAUCAUGACGACAGCCGUUGCUUAUCCCUUGAUUUUCUCAACUAUUAUUUCAGGUGUGUGGAGUAUGUGGACGUGUGCAUAUUACCGGAACAUUUGGGACCAGCAGCCUCAGUACAUGGAUUGUCUGCUGGGAUGUUGUGGAGAGAGUCUCUAUAGACAUUGCUGUCAGCCAAUCGGGUUGAUUGUCGGGUGUCUGAUCGCUGGUCUCGUCCUCAUUUUGAUGAGCAUCAUUCUCUUCUGUUGCUGGCGGCGACAGCGAAGUCGACGAAAGCGAAUGGGCAGAAGUAAAUACCCGAGAGCUACAAUCAGCAUCACCAGACCAGCACCUUAUGUAGCAACUUCACAAGCACCGGCCUACAGUAAGGCAAGAGAUGCAGGAUAUCCAAAUGAUUACUAAACUGAACCGAUGCAGCAUGCAAGAGUUAUCUACCCUGUCUGGAGAUCACUACAAUAUAAUUCCCAACAAUAUUAUGUUAUAGACCAUUCACAUUUAUGGACAUUUUCACAACUGUACAAACUUUUAAUUCUAGGUUGUUUUUAGCUACCCCUUCCAGGUUCCCCUAAAAGCAUACAUAAAAAUGUUGAUUUGUAGAAAUAUGUUUUGGGAAAAUAGUUUACUUUUAAAAAUGUUUAAGCUAGAAUUCACUCUGUCCCCACUAAGGAAUAUUUUGCACACUUGUGAAAGUGUUGAUGAUUGUAUAUGUGGACCUGAGAAUCUCUGACAAAUGGAAAAUGUGAUUUUCAUACUCUCCAAACAUACUGGUGUUUGAUUGUGAAAUGUGCAAGUGCUUGUUGAUCAUUGUGGAUUAGACAUUUUAUGAACAUGCUGGUGAUUGAAUCAUUGACCAUUCACUUUUACAAUAUGCUGAUAUUAAAAUUAUAUGGUCUUCACCAGGUCAAAUUUAAAUGACAUUUUUGUUUAGAAAGGUAUCUUCCCUAUUGAAGAAUAAUUAUCUUAAUUAAAAAUUUUUUAAAUGCCACUGCAUAAAGGAUAAUAUAGUUAUCUUAAAGGCAGGGCCUUUAAUAUGUUAUGGCAUUAAGUUCAAAUUUGAAAUGAUUCUCUGGUGAUGAAGCCAUCAAAAUGUCAAGGUCAUAGAAUGUUAUGUCAGAAGGCACUAAUCCUUGCCCAUGACCCAUAUAUAUAUUGUUAUAUUAUUUCUUGCCAUGUAUUGUGAAAUAUAAUGUAAAAAUAUGAAAGGAAUGUCAUUCUUCCUUUAAAAUGUAGUAAAACUAGCACGUAAAUGAGUGUUGCAUGGGUGUGUGUGUCUUCAUGGGUGCGUGGGUGUGUGCCACCAUGGGUAGCUGUGCAGUAUAUUUUUUUCAUUACAAAAUACUGAUCAGAAACAAUAACUUAUUAUAGUCUUAAGAGUAAAAUUAAUGUAUAUUUGUACAAACAGAUUCUUAAUGUGGAUGAAAGAAUUUGGUUGAAUGGAAACACAAUUAUUUAAAGUAACUAGUAUUCCCAUGAAUUCACAUACAAAUUAAAUGGAAGAUUAGGGUUGUGUUUUUUAUAGAUAAAAUCCUGGGGCCUAAUUCACUAAACUCUCGCAACUUUGCGAUAUCACAGUGCAAUGCUAAAAGACUUGCAAAGAGGAUGCUUUGUUGUCUAACAGAGCCUAAGAGAACUUUGUGAAUUAGGCCCCUGGAAAUAAAAAUUUUUUAAAGCCUAAGCCACUCAUAUUUUAUUAUUAUUAUUUAUUUUAUUUUUAUUAGAUUCAAAAUAUAAAACACAAAUCGAAAUAAGACUUGUCUUCCACCUCUCACCACUGUGUGAAUGUCUGUGGAAUAGUUCAAAGUAAAUAGUAACAUGGUAGUUCUUUACCGUAGGUAGUUCUUUACCGUAGGUAGUUCUUUACCGUAGGUAGUUCUUUGUUUGACAUGUUCUGGAGAGUGAGCAGAGGCUGCAGCCCAGUGAUUAUUAUCUUCAGUAUCAGGCACACAUACAGGCAUUUUAGCAGGUGUGGUGGUGAGCAAAGUUUAUAGAGUUGAGUCAUGCUUGCCCGGACUAUUUGUAUUGAAAAAAGAAAAUGCUCAAGCAGGGAGGGGUUUUGACCCCAGAAAUCUUCCCAGUACACAUGCACACUUGAGUACCAUGCAUCGUGAUUAACUAUGCAUGUUUUAGAGAUUGCUAAACAAUUCAAAAUUGUAAAUAGUACUUUAAAAUAAAAAAUAAUUAAUGAUUAGAAACUCGCCAAUUAAAACAAGAAUUGACAACAAAAUGUUUUGUUUCUGAACUCUCCAUCCAAUCAGUGUGAAGUAUCCUGAACUUCAUUGAAAACACAACACCCAGUUUCCCCAAUUGUUUUUGCAAUUGCGUGUAUGUAUAAAACGCACAAUAACUCUAACCCUGAAUACAAUUUUAUUUUAUUUUUAUUUAUUACUCACCAGAAUACAUCCAGUUCAGAGCUCCUAGAAUUUCUAUAAAAUGCACUAGGUAUGGGAUCAGUUAUUAAAUUUUUUUACUAGCCAUAAUUUAAAAUUCACUAGCCCAAAAUUACUUUAACUUAAUACAAUUUUAGUAAAUAAUAGUAAUAAUCAGAUAUGUCACCUAAAGAGGGAGAUAACGCUUAA